AGCAUACAGCCUUGUCCAACUAGUCAGCGUGACAGGCUGUACUUGGACCCCAAAACCGGCUUGCUGUUGAUAACGUCUUGCAUGUUGAUACGCCUCCUGCGGACUUGUCCCCCAGUAGGGUCUGCAGAUUGCAUACAGAUUACGUUCGGGUCUUAUUCAAAGUGUCCCAAACUUCGUCUUGGAAGACGCCCACAUUGUUAAGCGCAAGCUAGUAACAGCCCGACGACCGUUUGUUAUCUCUUCCAGAAUGGCACCCGAUGGUGCCCUGGAUGUGGAUGUGCAUGGGCCGGACAAGAAGCGUCGAAAGCUGGCAAAAUUGACGGGGUUGGGCUUCGCCAGGGACAUGGCCGAAGUCAUCGUGGAAACGCUUGGGAUGGACCCCAUCGGGCAGUCGGCCGAUGCCGCCAUCGCCAAAACAUUGUCUGAAGAAGGCUUGGUGGACUUAGGGUUUAAGACCGUGGCUGGCGAGGUCGAAGUCAACGCACAGCUGGCGGAUGCGGAUUCCGAGGUGGCAAUCAAGUCGCUGAGGGCCCUCGCCCCGAACCUUAAAGCUCUCCAAGCCCUCAAGCUUGCAAAAGCAGCAUACUCAUUUUACAGCAGAACACCCAAUUCUAAUCCUCCAACUGUGUUCCCAAUCCUAUGGCAGCGAGCUCAUCCUAAACUUGCGAAAGCCUGCAAUCCCCGUCCUGUCGACCAGGUUCCCAUCCCCAUCCGUGGCCAGGGCUCCCAAUCAGUGUUUUUUUAA